GCGUCGAUCGAACUGUCAGGUCGGUCGUUAUGGCAACCUGCGCAACCAACCAACCAACACAAAAACAGGUCGUCGCAAACAACGGGGCUUUCUUUCACGGUUUUGGUCGGUUCGCUGCCGUCGGCGGCUGCUUUUGGAGGGUUAAAAUUGUGAAGUAAAAGGAAUAAAAUCCGUGAAAAAAGUGAUUUGCCUGUUUGCGAGUGGCUUCGCCACCGAUUGGUUAAGAUUUGUAAGUGCAAGAACAUUGGCAAAAUGUUUAUUUAUCUGAGCAAAAAGAUUGCAAUCCCGAACAACACGCGGUUGAACUGUAUCGCUUGGAACAAGGACCAGGGGUACGUGGCGGUCGGCGGCGAGGAUGGGCUGCUGAAGGUGCUGAAGCUGGAGCAGGCCAGCAGUACGGCGGUGUCGGCCCAGCCGGGCAAAGCGCUGCAGGCGAGCAACCUGUCCAUGAACCAAACGCUGGAGGGCCACAAAUCGGCCAUCCAGGUGGUAACGUGGAACGAGUCGCAGCAGAAGCUCACCUCCUCCGACAAGGAUGGCGUCAUCAUGGUGUGGAUGCUGUACAAGGGCUCCUGGUACGAGGAGAUGACGAACGAUCGGAAGAAGAGCACCGUCAGGGGGAUGGCGUGGACGGGCGAUGGGCAGAAGAUCUGCAUCGUGUACGAGGACGGCACGGUCAUCGUUGGCUCGGUCGACGGCAACCGCAUCUGGGGCAAGGAGCUGAAGAGCGUAUCGCUGACCGGGGUGCAGUGGAGCCCGGACGGGCGGCUGCUGCUGUUCAGCAUCAAGAACGGCGAGGUGCACCUGUACGACAACCAGGGCAUCUUCGUGAUGAAGCUGCACGUGCAGUGCGUGUAUCUGACGCCGGCCAAAAGUGUGACGGUGGUGGGGCUGUGCUGGUUCCACCGGGGCACCUCGCCGAGCCGGCCUGUGCUGGCGAUAUGCUACGAGAACGGGCGCAUGCAGCUGAUGCGCAACGAGAACGACGAUGCGCCGGUGGUGGUGGACACGGGCCUGCAGGCGAUCUCGUGCAUGUGGAACCACGACGGUACGAUACUGGCCGUGUGCGGCAUGAAGACGAACCUGGCCAGCGAUAAGGAUAGCAGCCAGGUGAUGUUCUACACGCCGUACGGUGUGCACAUUCGGACGCUGAAAAUUCCGGGCAAAGAAAUCACCUCCCUCUCCUGGGAGGGCAAAUCGCUGCGCAUCGCGCUGUCGGUGGAUUCGUUCAUCUACUUCGCGAACAUCCGGCCGGACUACAAUUGGUGCUACUUCAACCGUACCGUUUGCUACCAGGAAGCGAUAGCGAUCGGCGGCGGCGGUGGCGACGAGGUCGACACGGUUACCUUUUGGGACACCAACUCGAACCAGUGCUACGCGAAGCAGAUCGAUGCACUGAUGUCGAUGGCGGCGUCGGUGGACCACUGCGUGCUGGCGGUGGAAACGCGCAUGACCGGGAAGGAGUUUAGCAUUGUGGCUGAAGGCAAGGGCAAGGAGCUGAUGUACCAGCUGCUGGUGUGCAACUCGAUCAGCACGACGGUGGAUUCGAAAUAUAUCGACAUACGGCCCGAAUUUAUAACGAUGAACUCAUCGCACGUGAUUGUGGCCUCGAAGGAUCAUUUUCUGCUCUGGCAUUAUCAUACACCAAAGGGUGCCUCAACGCUGCACGCUAACCUGAAGCUGAAGCGCGACCGAAAAUACCACAUCGACGAUACGCCCGCCCUGGAGGUGCUGAACGAUCUCGACGCCAAAACGGCGAACGAAAUCCCGCCCAAGCUCGACCCGAGCCAGGAUCCGAUCUGUUGCGUCGCCUGCUCGGAGAAUCUGCUGCUCGUUGGGCGCGAAAGUGGUCUUAUCCACGAGUACACGCUGCCCCACCUCGUGCUGCGCAAUCGGCACUACCUGCAGGCACGCAGCUACAAGCUGGCGAUCAACAGCAACUCGACCCGUGCCGCAAUGAUCGAUUGCAACGGCGUGCUCACGACGCUAACGCUGCGCGACGAUACGAGCGAGUCGGAACCGGCCUCCUCGACCGCGCACAUCGAGCGGAAGGACGUGUGGGCAAUCUGCUGGGCCCGGGACAACCCGCAGCUGCUGGCGAUCAUGGAGAAGACGCGCAUGUACAUACUGCGCGGUGCCGACCCGGAGGAACCGAUCACCUGCUCCGGCUACAUCUGUAACUUCGAGGAGCUCGAGAUAACGGGCGUCCUGCUGGACGACAUUGUGAAGGGUGGCGCGACACCGAACGUGAAGGAGCAUCUGCUGCAGCUGCGGGUGAAGUCGCUCCGCGACACCGAGGACCUGCUGGCGCACGUCGGCAUCGCCGAGGCGAAACAAUUCAUCGAGGACAAUGCGCACCCGCGGCUGUGGCGGCUGCUGGCCGAAGCGUCGCUCAAAAAGCUCGAUCUCGAGACGGCCGAGGCGGCGUUCGUCCGGUGCAGCAACUAUCCCGGCCUGCAGCUGAUCAAGCGGCUGAAAACGAUCCAGCUCGAGGCGCUGCAGCGGGCCGAGAUAGCCGCUUUCUUCGGCGAGUUUGACGAGGCGGAAAAGCUGUACAUGGACGUGGACCGGCGGGACUGCGCGAUACGGCUGCGCCAGACGCUGUGCGAUUGGUUUCGCACGGUGCAGCUGUACCGGCUCGGGCCCGGCAUCUCGGACCAGCAGAUGGAGAGCGCGUGGUGCGAGAUCGGCCACCACUACAUGAGCAUGCGGGCGUGGGACAGCGCGAAGGAGUACUACGAGCGGGCGCACCACACGGAGGGCCUGAUGGAUGCGCUGUACGCGCUCGAGCAGUACGACGAGCUGGUCGGGUGCAUGCACCGGCUGCCGGAGAAGAGCCCGCAGCUGGCGAAGCUCGGCCAGCAGCUCGCGACGGUCGGGAUGUGCGAGCAGUCGGUGGCCGCCUACCUGAAGCUCGGCGAUGUGAAGUCGGCCGUGUCGACGUGCAUCGCCCUACGCCAGUGGGGUCUCGCGGUCGAGCUGGCCCAGAAGUACCGGAUGCCGCAGAUCAACACGCUGCUCAGCAAGCACGCGGCACAGCUGCUGCAGGAGGGCAAGCUGCCGGAAGCGAUCGAGCUGCAGCGCAAGGCGGGCCGGUACCUGGACGCGGCCCGGCUGCUGGUGAAGAUGGCCGAGGCAGAGGCGGACAAGCGUUCGGACUACGUGCGCAUUAAGCAGCUGUACGUGCUGUCCGGGCUGCUGGCGGAGGAACACAUCGAGAAGCAGCUGGCGGUGCAGGCGGCCGGCAGUAGAGCGGUCGUGCUCGCGCAGCUCAGCCCCGAAGAUGCCGUGCUGAUCGAGCAGAUCUGGCACCAGGCGGAGGCGUACCACUACAUGCUGCUGGCACAGCGCCAGCUAAGGUCGGGCCUGCUGCACAGUGCCGUGGUGACGGCGCUCCGGCUGCGCGACUACGAGGACGUGCUGGAGGUGGAGGCGCUGUACGCGCUGCUCGCCCUCGCCAGCUGUGCCGACCGGUCGUUCGGCACCUGCUCGAAAGCAUUCAUCAAGCUGGAAUCGCUCGAAACGCUCUCGGAGGCACGCCGGCAGCAGUACGAGGAGCUGGCGAUCGAAAUCUUCUCCCGGUACGACCCGCUGGACGGGAAGGCGAAGCACAUCAGCUGCUUCACCUGCGAGACACCGGUCGCCGACUGCAGCACGCUCUGCCCGAGCUGCGGCAGCCGGUUCCCGCCGUGCGUGGCGUCCGGCCAGCCACUGACCAAUCCGACCGGGGCGUGGCAGUGCACCGGGUGCUACCAUCUGGCCAGCCCGCUCGAGAUCGGUACCCGCAAGACCUGCCCGCUCUGUCAUCGUGUCAUAGCACCGGCAAAGGGCGCUAUCGAGAUCUAAGAAGCAUCUAGCAGUGUGGUUGUGUCUGAGAUCUUUCGGUGUGUAUUUGGUAGAUCCAGGCGUCCGGGAAAUGCACAGACCCAAACCCUACUCCCCGCACAGCUGUAACACCGUGUGAAACAGAAACAAAUAGAUCAUAUCAUGAUGUACCGAUUCACG